AUGUCCACAUCCCCUCUCGAAAAACCCGGGCCCAUAAUGGGCUCAUCAGCUCUCGUCAAGUAUGGCGGUUUGAACGGUAACGCAUUAUUGUACGCCGUUGUAGCUAUCGCUACUUGUGGUUUCUCUCUUUUCGGUUAUGAUCAAGGUUUGAUGUCCGGUAUCAUUGCCUCUAGACAAUUCAACACCGAAUUUCCUGCAACCCACCAAAGAGAUGCCAACGAUGUUCAUGCCGGUACCGUUCAAGGAUCCGUUACUUCAUGUUACGAAGUCGGAUGUUUCUUCGGAGCUUUGAUUGCUUUCUUCAUCGGUGACAAGAUGGGUCGAAGAAAGAUGAUGUUUGGUGGUGCCAUUGUCAUGAUCAUCGGAACCAUCAUCUCAAUAACAGCUUUCGGUCCAGGUGAUACUUCCGGAAGAGGAAACGUCGGUGGUUUCGUGCAAUUCAUCGUCGGUCGAGUCAUCACUGGUUUCGGUAACGGUGCCAACACCGCCACUAUUCCUUCAUGGGUCGCUGAGACUUCAAAAGCUCAUAACAGAGGUUUCCUCAUUUGUAUGGAAGCUUCCACCGUUGCCGUCGGUACCGUCAUUGCCUACUGGAUCGACUUUGGUCUUUCUUUCGUCGACUCAUCCGUUUCAUGGCGAUUCCCCAUUGCUAUGCAAAUCCUCUUCGCCUUGAUCCUCAUUGGAGGUGUCGCUGUGCUUCCUGAAUCUCCUCGAUGGCUCAUCUCUCACGGACAACCCGACGAAGGUCUUAGAGUUAUCGCUGCCCUCGAUGCUCGAUCCAUCGAUGACCCCGUCGCCGUCGCCGACCACAAAAAGAUCGUCGACGCUCUUACCGCGCAACAACACGUCAAGGCCAACAGUCCUCGAGAUUUACUGAAAAUGGGCAAACAACAACAUUUCCGAAGAGCCUUAGUCGGUGCAUCCACUCAAUUAUUCCAACAGAUUGGUGGAUGUAACGCUGUCAUCUAUUACUCGACUGUCCUUUUCGAAAAUCAAAUCGGACUUGAAACUCAAUUAUCAUUGAUUCUCGGUGGUGUUUUAUCAGUCGUUUACAUGAUCUUCGCCUUGACCUCUUUCUUCUUAGUUGAGAAAGUUGGUAGAAGAAAGUUGUUCCUCUGGGGAACUGUCGGACAAGCUGUUUCCAUGUUCAUCACUUUCGGAUGUCUUUUACCCGGAAGACCCAACUCUGCCAAAGGUGCCGCUUUCGGUCUUUACUUCUUCAUCGCAUGGUUCGGUGCCACUUGGUUACCCCUUCCUUGGUUGUACCCAGCCGAAUUAAACUCAAUGGCUGUUAGAACUCAAGCAAACGCUGUAUCAACUAUGGUCAACUGGAUUUUCAACUUUACCGUCGUACAAGUCUUACCUACCAUGACAGCUUCUAUCGGUGCCUACACUUUCCUUUUCUUCGGUUGUAUCAACCUUGUCUUCCUUCCCUUCAUCUACUUCUUCUAUCCUGAGACCACUGGCCGCACGUUAGAAGAGUUAGAUGUCAUCUUUGCGCACGCGCAUCUUACUCAAAGAAGACCUACGCUUGUAGCUGCAGAACUGCCCAAAUUAUCGGACCAUCAAGUUCAAGAGAUGACGGAGCGAUAUGACAUCCACGGUGGCGCCGCCACUGAAGACCCUGAAGCGUACGGUGCUCCCGCCAACGCUGGUGCUCCAGACACUACUCUGCCUCCUGUGCAUCCUCAUGAUCACGCUGGAUCUCCUGCCCCAUCAGGAGAGGCGACUCGUGUACCUUCUCUCACGGAGGCACAGAAAACAAGAGCCUGA